AUGCGUUAUUCUAAAAUAUGCUGGGUCGACGGCGUGGAUACAAAUGUAUCUGUAGCGGCAUGGAAUUCUUCUGAAAUAUUAGCUGCUAUACCUAAAACAGUAUCAGGAGGUUUAUCUAACUGCUUCGUUUAUGAAAAUAAUGAUACAAUAACGUGUUCCAAAUUUGUUUUCGACACUAGGUAUAGAACGUCUUCGCGUGCCAUGGAAUGGAAUCUCGUAUGUGAUAGAAGAUGGAUGGGUGCUCUAGCUCAAUCUAUUUAUAUGUUAGGAGUUUUUACUGGAGCAGUAGUGUUAGGAGGAAUGGCUGACAAAUACGGUAGAAAGACCAUAUUUUGUUGGUCCGGAGUACUACAGUUAGUAUUUGGUGUGGUGGUUGCUUUUAUACCUGAGUACUGGUCCUUUUUAGCAGUUCGCUUUGUUUACGGAAUCUUUGGGUCUGCUGGUUCGUACAUUACUGGAUUCGUCUUAACCAUGGAAUUAGUAGGAGCCAGUAAGAGAACUGCGUGUGGUGUCGCUUUUCAAGCGGCAUUUGCGGGCGGCAUUAUGUUAGUCGCAGGGUGGGGCGCCCUUAUUGAUAAUAGACAAAUUCUUCAAGUGAUAUAUGGACUUCAUAGUCUCCUUCUUAUCCCACAUAUCUGGAUAAUGGACGAAUCCCCUCGUUGGUUGUGGGCUCAAGGCCGGUCGAAAGAAUCAGUAGAUAUUGUUGAAAGAGCUUUGAAGUGCAACAAAUCUGAAUUUACUUUGGAUAGAGCCGAACUGGUUUCUAAAGGCCGAGCUGAAGCAUCGAAGGGAACAGAUGCUCCUUCCGCUAGUACAGGAGAUCUGUUUAGGACGCCUAAUCUUAGAAAUAAAACCUUGAACGUCUGUUUCUGUUGGUUCGCCAACUCGAUUGCUUACUAUGGUCUUACUUUAAGUACAGGUAAACUUGAGGGCAAUCCUUAUUUGAUUACGGCUAUUUUAGGUUUUGUGGAACUGCCAAGUUAUGCUGCUGUUAUAUAUUUCCUUGACAUUUGGGGUAGAAGGCCCCUGAUUAGUUCUAUGAUGCUGGUGGGUGGUGCAGCGUGCGUAAUUGCUACAUUUUUACCUACCGGAAGUACGAUAUCUACUGGGAUUGUCAUUGCAGGUAAAUUAUUCAUAGCAGGUUCUUUCGCUAUAAUAUACAACUAUUCUGCAGAAUUAUUCCCCACGGUAGUUCGUAACUCAGCUAUGGGUCUAGGUUCUAUGUGCGCUAGGCUUUCUGGUGCUUUAACACCACUUAUAACACUAUUGGAUUCUUUCAACCCCAAAAUUCCGGCUAUAACAUUUGGUGCAGUAGCUGUAAUAUCAGGAUUCCUAUGUAUGUUCCUGCCCGAAACUAUGAACCAGCCCAUGCCUCAGUCUCUCACUGAUGGUGAACAGUUUGGCAAAGGCGACACAUGUUUUGCAAGUUGCCUAGGAAACAAAAGACAACGAACAUAUUCUGAAGACAACAAAGUGGUUGAAUCAAUGAUGCCUUUAGAGGAUGGUAGUAAAAAAGUUUGAUCGUUCCUCGAUUCCUAUUGGUUGAAUAGAUAAUAAUUUAAUGUAUAUUUUUUAAUUACGUAUAUAAUAAGUAAGUGAACAACAUAAGAGCUUAUGUAGAUAAGUGAAUAAAUUAUACAAUUAAACGAUCGAACAAAGUACAUUAGGUAGGUACCUAGUACUCGUGUGAGAUCAGUUGUAUGUACUAUUUUCUUAUAUUAACAAGAGAUUAAGUUAGUUUGAGUGUUUAAUUAGUUUUAAGGAGAAUCUUGUUGUGAAUUUUGGAACAAACUAGAUAGAGAACUGGAGCUAUUUCGUGACAACAUUCACACAUCUAUUAUCCUGGCAGUAUUGCAUCACCAAAACAAAUACCUUAUUCAAUAAGAUGUUAAGAUUAUUUUUAUAGAGAUUAAACUAUUUUGUUAUUUGUGUUUUUAUUGUUUAUCUAAAUUAUGUGUUGAUAUUCAAAUUAGAUUGGUAGCAUACUGGUGCUCGUGAAUCUCGUGAUCUGGCGUGAUAUUAAUAGAUAUUGUAGUUACAAGAAAUUCGUUGUAUUAAAAUUAUUUUGUAAAAAAAUGUACAUAA